AUGUCUGGCCAGGGGGACUUGUCGGACGACUAUGUAGCCAGUGUAAUGCAGCAUGAUGCGGAAAAGAAAGGCCAAAAUCGAUAUCUUUCCACCGGACUCGGAUCAUUACUCGGAGGGAGAAGCAGGCCCAGGAGCGAUGCGCCAAAACCCAACACACGCUUUCUGAAGCACUUGGUGAAGGAGGCCGACAGUCAUAAUGCAGCACUCAAGGCAAAGGAGGAGAAGGAGUCGCGAAGGCGAUGGAAGGACAUGCGACGAAUUCGAGAUAGGGAUGAUAGCCGAGGAAGACGACAGGCAGACCAGCUGUUGUCGCAUCUAGGCCGGAGUAGCAAGUCGAUACGGGAGGAACGACGACUGGAUGAUCGAUCACAUAAAGAAAAGCGCAGCCGGCGAAGGUCCAGGUCUCCCUCACGAACCAGAUCUCCGCACAGAAAAUCCAAGCGAAGGUGGACAUCCAGUGCAUCGCAUUACGACUCACCUGUCGGCAAGCCCCAAGCGCGCGUCGAUGAGUUCGAGAAAUACGAUGAGGCCCUUCGACCUAGAUCGUCCUCCGAUUCAAACCCGCUCGAAACGGUCAUUGGGCCUCAACCUGCACCUAAAAUCAAAGCUCGUGGCCGAGGAGCACAGUCCAACUCUACCAUGGACGCCCGCUUCGACCCUGAAUACGAUCCAAACACUGACGUUGGAAGAGACUUGGAUGAGGAAGGCGACGACUGGGAUAUGGCGCUUGCGGCGCUGAAAGACCGGGCGAAGUGGAAGAAGACGGGCGCUGAAAGAUUACGCGCUGCUGGCUUCACGGAAGAGGAGGUGAGCAGGUGGGAAGGAAGUGGUGCAUCUCGUGUCAAGCUCGAUCCUUCCGAGAAGGAUAUCAGUGAUGUAAGAUGGAGCAAGAAAGGGGAGGGUAGGGAAUGGGAUCGCCGAGUGGGGACGGCUGAAAGAUACAUGAUCAAUCAAUGCAAAUUUUGGAUACAAGCAUUGAGAAAACGGCGGGAAGGGCCAUCGCACCCACCUAAUGCGUUUUUCUGGUACCUGCUGCAGCCGGCAAUCAUGGUCGAGACACGAGGUAGUACAGCGCCCAAGAAUUUCGGGACGGAAGUUGACAAACGAAACACAACAGAGAUGGCUCAAGGAAACGGACAGGCGCCCAAGUCGCAAGCGCCCAAGAAGAGUGGUGAAGAGGAGGUCCCAAGAGAUCGCGGCAAAAGCACAACACCUGGCGCAGCAUAUACCAGCGUACAAGCACGCACAACUUCAUGUCUACUAAAACUUGCCCCCGAGCUUCGAAAUCGGAUCUAUGAGCAUGCCCUCAUCGCCGACUCCGAGGUCGUCAAGAUGAGAUCACACACCAAACCACCAGGACUGCUCGCCACCUGUCGUCAAAUCCGCUCCGAGGCGCAAGCCAUGUACUACAACCAAAACCACUUUCGCUUCAAAGUCUUCGACUGCGACCAAACGCUAGAAAUCCGAUGGCCAUUUUUCUUCAUGCGCUACGCCAAGCCCACACCAUUCAAUCGGCAGCUCGGGCCUCUCCUUCGCGGUAACAUAAUUCGUUCGAACCCCGUCUGCGAGCUGGUCCAAUCUCGAGGCUGGAACGCGGAUAAUGUGCAACUUCCAGCUGACGCACCAGAUUCUUGGAAGAUCGCUGCCGCUGCCUGGGCUAUCACCAAUACUGCAAUGCGCCGGAAACUCGAUUGGGAGGACGUGGAGUAUCGGCUUGAAGCUCUGCAUCUUUUUGCGAUGGCAUUAAUUCCAUCAUGGAAAUGA